AUGACUUGGUGUGAUUUGCAAUACAAUGUAUCCUUCAAACAAAACAGUUCGACGCCGGCAAAACUCAAUAUACCCAUUCAACUCGAACCUAUUAUUAACGAUUUGGGCGGAACAUGCCAAUUGUAUCGACCGAAAAACUAUGACGAUCCGGAAACUUGGCCCACAAUGUUUGAAGCAUGCAAGUUAUCCUCAACCUUUACAAAACAGUUAUUCGCAGCCAAAGAUUAUUGGAUGUAUAGUUUGAUGCUGCUGUGGAAUCACCCGGACGAUGAUACACUAGUCACAGAGAAACUGCAACAGACACUCCAUCCAUCUAUAUCGCCUAGCGUGAUGAACGAGUACGAGCAGCUGUUGGUAAAUUUCUUGGGCGAGUUGUAUGACUCUUGCGAUACCGCUGGCGAGGUAGUGCGCGAGUACAGCUAUUCUCAUAAGGGUAUUCAAACACUCGUAGAACUUCUCAACGAUUCAGAUGCAAAGACAUACUGGAUAGUACUUUAUAUGUGCAAGCUUUUGGAAACUGAGGCGCCGCCAAAUGCUUAUGCAGAAGAUCAUUUGACUUAUACAGUGGGGAUCAUUAAGGCUUUCAAUGUUUGUCACAACUGGACCCAUCCUUUCCAAGACCAAGGCAGCCAGUUAGCCUCACUGCGGCGAUUCCGAGACGCAGCUUUCGACGACGACAUUAUGCACCAAAAUGUGGCAAAAUCAUGGGAUGCGGAUGGACAAGAAACAGACGAGUUGAGCAAUGCAAAGGUGAUUGACGUCAGCUAUCCGUUUAUGGAUGCCAACAGUCAAUCCACGCAGGCGCUUUCCAUUCUCACUUUAUGCAGACUAUGCAAUGUGUUCAAUCAAGUGAAAAGUGAUGCUAUUCGUGAGAUAGUACGUGUACCGCUGCUUCAAGUCGUUGAAGGGCUCAAAGGUAGCGAACAACGACAAAAGUUUCAGCAAUUGGCAAGCAGUCAAGUCAAGUCAAGGCUGGAUAGCUGGAGAAAGGGAAAAAAGCAAAAGCGUCGCGUCAUUUUGCGACCUGUAAUCGAUCCAAAACAUACGGAUGUUGUGACAUAUUAUACUGGACUACUGGAGGAUCCUGGUUUACAAAGUGCUAUAUCACAAACCUUUAAACUAGUCGAUGGUGAGCAGCAUCAGCUGCCAACAAUUGAAUUAUUGUAA